CCCAAUUGUCUAAGCCAUCGCCGGCGGCCGUGCUCGGCCAAAAGCGGCGCCGGUUGAGGAAGCAAUUUCCUCCCUCGACCCCAGCGCGCCCCCCCCCCCCCCCCGGGCUCGAGGGUUAAGCUGGAUGAGAACAUCAUGGCGUUGUGCCAUUGCCAAAUCACUGACCGGGGGUUCGCCGAUGCCACUGACAUGGUCGGACCCUCUAUCGAGGUUCUACGGCCCACUAGCACCCAAACCGCCCUAGAUGCUCCAUCAGGGUUCUUUACAGUUCAUAUGGCGUCUCUAAAGAAGGGGCUGCGGUUUCCUCGCCACUCGUUAUUGAUUGAGUUCCUUAACGGGGUGGACCUCCUUCCUUGCCAAUUGGUCCCCAAUUCUCACUGGUACAUCGCCGGUUAUCUGGUCAGAUGCAAGGCAGUAGGGGUGAAACCUACUCUUGACCAUUUCCUGUUUACCUUCAAGCUGACCAAGGGUCAUGGGGAUUGGGCAUCCUGCCCCAGCCUUUCCCAACAGUCCAGCAAGCUCUUUACUAGCGACAAGAAGGGAUUGACCAAGGACUGGAAACCCUUCUUUGUCUUUGUCUCGACGGGGCUUGAAUCUCCUUUCACGGGUUCAGGGCUCCCAUCUUUCCGUCGCGUUCUGUGUCCCCCGUCCAAUGCUGCCCUUCUGUCCAUCACCCGGCAACUCUACGGCCAAGGGGCCAUCGAGAUUAAGAAGGUGGUGACCGAGGAAUCUUUAGCGGCGCUGGGGUUUGAGUUUGUCCAGGACGAGUAUCGCCAUCAUCCCGACUUGCUAUGGGAUACUCCUGGGGAGGCGUUAACUGUGGUCCUUUUGGCUACGCUGGGGAUGAUCGAGCUUGUCGGACGGAGACAGGACCGCCAAGCGGCUAUGGAUGAGGCGAGGAAGGCCGCAGAGGAUAAGCAGAGGGAGCUGCAGGAGGAGGUCGCUCGCCUCGCAAGAGAGUUGGAGAAGGAGAAAGGUCGCUCCGCCGCCCUUGAGAUGAAGAACGCCUCCUUGUCUUCUGAAGUGGGGUCCGUUUCUGCCCGCGUGGCUGAGCUGGAGGGGGAGAAGACUGAUCUGAUUCAGCAGCUGGAGGUGGAGAGGAGCGACCAGGCCCGUCGCUUGGAGGAGGCGAUCGAGUCAUUCAAGUCUUCCCUUGAUUUCUCUGCGGUCCCUAUGGAGCGGAUGGACAAGAUGGUAGUCGAGUGGCUCAAAACCGGGCCCGGUGUCAAAUGGAUGGUCAAGGAGUCUAAGAAGUCCUUCAACUGCGGACUUUUCCGUGCCCAACAGGUUUUCCGCGACAAGCUAGCUCGGAUUCCCAAAGGAUUCUCCUUCCCCAACCUCGGUUUUCCUCCUCCUUGCCGUGCCUUGGCUGAGUUCGGCCCCAACCCUUACUUGGACGAGGGGAGCUCGAGUGCCUCUGAUAAGGAAGAAGUAGAAGCUGCACUGGACGACCAAGGUGGGCAAGGCGACCAGGGACCUAGGGCCAACCUGGCGACGUCCAAGGCGGGCGGAGGCGCCAGCUUAGGCAUUUGAUUUACCUCCCCUCCCCCUUGUCUUUUUUGCCUUUAAACUUGUAAGACUUAUGAUUUUUGAAAUGCCUUGGUGCUUUGAUACAAUACUCUCAUGUUUGCUGUUUUGCUUUAUUUAUCACAUGCCUUUGCUUUUCUUGCACUUUGUUACUAUACUCUUUCCUUUGAGUCGACUUACCCCGUAGAUCGGAUGGGCCUUUAGUUUGGGCCUAAUCUCUAUCCUUGG